GACGAGGAUCACUGUUCAGGCCUUCACAGAGUGCUGGAGAUUACAAAGUGCAGUGACCUGGACUGUUCACAAUAUUCUAAGUACAGUCACACAAAAGGUUAUUGAAGGUCAACCUAUCGAAUGAUGCUGGUGCUCCUAACUUUUGGUGCUUUAGUUUCACAAGUAUCACCAGCAGCAAGCCCACCACGGGAUCAAGUUAUACGAAGUUUGGAUCAGAAUGCCUGUUCCUUGGUUGUAUGUGGCCCAGCUCAGAAUGGGUUACCAGGGAGAGAUGGAAGAGAUGGGAUCCAAGGACCAAAAGGAGAGGUAGGAGGCCAAGGAUUGCAAGGACUGAGAGGCAUACCAGGUCCUCCAGGAAAAAUGGGCCCAGCUGGACCAGUAGGAGCAAAGGGGGCUCAAGGGGAGAAAGGAGCAAAAGGAGACAUAGGACCGCGUGGAGUCCAAGGUGUGCAAGGUCCUCCUGGAAGCACAGGCCCUGCUGGAGCAAAAGGAAGCAGUGGCCCACAAGGUGAAAAAGGUGUGAAGGGAGAAACAGGUCCCAGAGGAAGUACUGGAGCACAAGGGCCCCAAGGACAAAAGGGUGCCCCUGGCCCCCAAGGCAUUAAAGGGUCUGUGGGGGAAAAGGGAGCAAAAGGAGAUGUGGGACCCAGAGGAUUACCAGGACCAACUGGCGUGCAAGGGCCAGUGGGGAAAACAGGCCCCUUUGGAUCUAAAGGAGAUAAAGGCUCCAUAGGUGAAAAAGGUGCCAAGGGUGACAGCGGUCUCUCAGAGGUCAAUCUUAUGAAAAAACAAGUCAGCACCCUGGAGGGACAGCUGAAAGCGCUUCAAGCCAGUUUCUCAAAGUACCAAAAAGUGGCAAUGUUCCCCGGAGGCCGAAUUGUUGGCAACAAGGUGUUUAUAACUACUGGCUACGAAGGCAACUUCGAUGACCUCAAGCAAAGGUGUCUGCAAGCCGGUGGCCAGCUCGCUUCCCCGAGGAAUGCGGCCGAGAACACUGCAGUCCAGCAGAUUGCUGCGCUCUAUAACAAGAUAGUGUUUCUUGGGAUAACUGAUCUCCAGUCAGAGGGGAAAUUCAAAUAUCUGAAUGGUGAUGCAAUCAGUUACUCCAACUGGCUACCGGGAGAACCCAAUAAUGACAAAAACAGGGAACACUGCGUGGAAGUCUUUGCAAAUGGCAAGUGGAAUGACAAGGUCUGCAGUGAAAGGAGGCUGAUCGUCUGUGAAUUUUAGAACAUUUCUCAUCCAGCAUUCACCCAGUUACAGUGAAGAACAGAACUCUGCAUACGCCCGUUGCUUUUAAUCUGUAGGCACCAAGGUAGUCAUAAUUCUCAUAGCCCUCACAGGUGGGUCUGUCCUUUGACAUGCAUGCACAAGGCAAGCAUAAGAAGCAAAGCAAACUACCCAUAAAGGGCAGCUUAUAAUGGGACACCAUCCUGUCUUACUUCCCUCUGUCUUGAGGGGUAGCGAGCCCUUAUCAGUGCUGAAAUGGUACUGAAAAAGAAAACAAUCUCAGAGUAAUUGUGGGCAAUAGGCUAAAUAUGAGCCAAUGAUGUGAUGCGGCCACCAAAAGGUCAAAUGCCAUUUAGGGAUGCAUUAACAGAAGUCUUACUUCCAAAUCACGAGAAGUAGUAGUUCCUCUAUACUCCUCACUAGUCAGAUCUCAUCUGAAAUACUGUGUCUAGUUCUGGGCACCAAGA